GGGUUUUGAUCCCUGGCUAAGGGAUAGCAGGCUCCGCAAUGUUAAAGUCCUGUACGCUUCCUGCGGUGCAGUUCUCAAAAUCGGUCUCCAGCAAAGGCCGCCAACUCCUCGAUGUUAGGCCGCAGUGCGGACGGAGAUACGAUACGGUGCCACCCAAUGUUUGGACACAGUCCACAGAAGUUCACAGUUGCUGAGGUUAGUGUCGUGUAGCGUUCAAGAGCCUGAUGGUUGCAGGGAAGAAACUGUUCUUGGACCUAGAGUUCAUCGACCAGUGAUCCCGACACACUAACACUAACCUACACACAAUUCCCUGCAAUUUCAUGCGGUCUUGGAUGGAGCUGUUCCCAAACCAUAUUGUGAUGCAUCCCGGUAAAACGCUACGGGAGUCAAGAUCGUCCCGUCAAAGGAGGGCUCGAGGCCCCUGACCUCGGGAGAGCAAACAAGAGAAGAGAUUGAACCUUCCAUCACAGUGAGGAAUGUGGAGCAUGUUUAUGUUAAAAUGUGUUUUGUGUGUUCUGUUUCUUUUUAUUGUAUGACUGACUUGGCAAAUGAAAUUCCUUGUAUGUUGCAAAACAUACAUGGCUAAAAAAAUAUUAUUGUGAUUGUGAUUCUACCUUCCUUCCAUUGACUCCAUCUACGCUUCACACUGCCCCGGCAAGGCCACCAGAUAAUCAAAGACCAGUCUCGCCUCAGUCACUCCCUCUUCUCCCCUCUCACAUCAGGCAAGAGGUACUGAAGUGUGAAAACGCACACCUCCAGACUCAAGGACUGAUUCUUAUCCCAGCUGUUAUCAGGCAACUGAACCAUCAUCCUCUCACCAACUAGAGAGCGGUCCUGACCUCCCAUCUACCUCAUUGAAGACUUGGACUAAACGUUAUUCCCUUUAUCUUGCACUAAACGUUAUUCCCUUCAUACUGUAUCUGUAUAUUGGAUUUACACUGCACUAUACAAUCGGACGGCUCGAUUGUAAUUGUUGUUCGACUUUCUGCUGUCUGGAUAGCACGCAACAAAAAGCUUCUCAUUGUACCUCGGUACAUGUGACAAUAAACUAUAAACUAAACUGAACUAUACCAAACUAUACUAAGAUAAAUUGUUUUCAGGUAAAGGGACGCCUGGCAAGUGGGAGGUUUUUAAAUGUACGAAAGCAAGAGUUCAGGGACAUCAUGUUCCUGUUUGUAUCGGUAUUGGCUUCUUGUUGUCACGUGUGCCAAGAUACAGUGAAAAGCUGUAUUUUGCGUGCUGUCCAGUCAAAUCAUUGCAUGAAUGCUACAGGUAGUGCAGAGGAGCAAACAGAGAAAGUGAAGAUAAAACAACGUGCAAAGGCCACAAUGGUGAUAUCAGAGGACCGUUCAGUAAUCAGAUAACAGCAACGAAGAGACUGGUGCUGAGUCUCAUGGGGGUGAGCCGGACCUGAGGCGAGCAGUGACAGAGAGCGGCUGAAGGUCUCUCCCGCCCACCAUGGUGGACCACCAGGUCGCAGCCGGAGAGAGCUUCCUGCAGACGUGCUGCCCACUGGGGCGCCUGGGCGGGAUGGUGGUGGAACGCGGUGCCUACCAGAUGCUGCCCUCGCCCGUGUCGGAGGAAGAGAGUGACUGCUGCAGUUCCCGCUCGUGCUCCAGUCCCGAGACCGGGCGUGCCGGGUGCGGUGACGCUGGGCCCUGGGCCGUGGGCAACCAGGACGGCAUCAUGGACUACCUCCUGUCGCAGGCGGGCCACGGGGGCAGGGCGGACAGGGAGGAGCCGGGGUCGUUCCAGCCCACCCUGGAGGAGAUAGAGGAGUUCCUGGAGGAGAACAUGGGGAUGGAGUUGACGGAGGGGGGAUGGGGCGGGUUGGGGGGGCCACAGGUUGCUGGGGAGGGGCCCCACCGCCUGGUGGAGGGGAAGGGUCCGACCAAGCCCGCUGCCCUGGGGCUGAGGGGUGGGCAGGAGGGUAGGGUGGGCGAGGUCGUACUGACAGGGAUGGGAUCUGACCCCGACCCCCCUGGGGUUCAAGUGCAGGGGGGGCAGGAGUCCAGCCCUCAGCCGCGGGGGGGGCAACUGAAGGUGACCCAACUCCUGGUCAAUAUCCAGGGCCAGACCUUUGCCCUGGUGCCCCACCUCCUGCCCCCGUCCCGGCCCCUCGCCCGUAUCGCCCCCGUGCCCAUCGCCGCCAAGCCGGCACCCGGCGGGGGCGAGGCAUGCACGGGUGCAGCCGCCACCGUCCUGGGCCAGAGGCUGCAGCGGGGUGACACCACGCAGCUGCUGAAGAUGCAUCGCUGCACGUUUCCCGGAUGCACCAAGAUGUACACCAAGAGCAGCCACCUGAAGGCCCACCUGCGGAGGCACACCGGAGAGAAACCAUUCGCCUGCACCUGGCCCGAGUGUGGAUGGAGGUUCUCCAGGUCCGACGAGCUAUCCCGUCACCGGCGUUCCCACUCGGGGGUGAAGCCGUACCAGUGCCCGGUCUGUGAGAAGAGGUUUGCCCGCAGUGACCACCUGUCCAAGCACGUCAAGGUGCACCGCUUCCCCAGGGCCAGCCGCGCUGCACGCCCGCUCAACUGACCACUGCUCCGGCGGCACUGACCGGGCAUGGGCCUGCCUGCCACGGGGAGGCCCAGACACCUCCGAGGUCCAGCUCUGGGGCAGAGUUUGUGGCAGCCUCUGAUCUGGGUCUGGCAACUCCGCCACUGUCCGGCCAGUGCCGACAGCGAGGGCUUCUCCACCGACCAUGACCAACCCAAGGUGGUCAUCCCAACCAAGGCCUGGCCUCCAACAAAUGUGGACAACCAACCUUCUCUGGCAGGUGGCAAGUGGAAGGGACGCACUCUUCUUUGUAUAGUUUUCUUCAAGGCAGGAGAUCUGGACCUCGCCUUAAAUGGAGCAUGAACCUGAGGCCCUGCCUCAUGACCGGGCCUGUGGGCCUGGGGAUUCCCACUGGACUCCAGCGCGCCUCACCUCAAAUAUGCAAACAGCAGCAGGAACAGUCGCAGUUUGUGUUUUAUUGAAAUCAAAUUUCUAGAGACCAGGACUUUGGGAUGAAUUUGUCAAGAUCUUUUGGAGACCUGGGAGUACUGUGCUCAGUUCUGGUCACUCUGCUAUGAAAGAUGGAAAGAGCAAAGAGAAGAUUGACAAGGAAAUUGCUGGGACUACAGGGAGAGAUUGGGCAGGCUCGGACUGUAUUCCUUGGAGCGCAGGCGGUUGAUGUUAUAGAGGUGUGUAAAAUCAUGAGGGGAAUAGAUGAUGUCACUAAUCUUAAAAUAAACAAAGUGCUCAGCGUGUCAGGCAGCGCCUGAUGGACAGGGUCUUUUUACCCAGGGUCAGGGAAUCAAGAACCACAGGUUUAAAGGUGAUAGGGGAAAGAUUUACUUAGAACCCGAGGGGCAACUUUUUCACACACACACAGAGCGUGGUGGGUGUAUGGAACGAGUUGCCAGAGGAGGUAUUUAAGAAGGAACUGCAGAUGCUGGAAAAUCGAAGGUAGACAAAAGUGCUGGAGAAAACUCAGCGGGUGCAGCAGCAUCUAUGGAGCGAAGGAAAUGGGCAACGUUUCGGACCGAAACGUUGCCUUUUUCCUUCGCUCCAUAGAUGCUGCUGCACCCGCUGAGUUUCUCCAGCACUUUUGUCUACCAGCCAGAAGAGGUAGUUGAGACUAUAACAACAUUUGAAGGACAUUUGGACAGGUACAUGGAUAGGAAAGGUUUAGAGAGAUAUGGGGUCAAAUGGAAUUUGCACUCUCUCUGGUCCUGAUAAGCAGGGAAGCCCCUCGAACCAUCACAGGAUGAGAAUCAGUGUGAACACAAUGAAUUAAUCUUGGAAGAACUGCUGGGCUUUCUGCUGGUCCAUAUGUGUCGUCACUCCUACAGGAAGUGGGCGGUGAGUUUUUAAGCUACUAACUUAUACCAGGCACGGAGGCAGUGUAUAUACGUGUUACUUCUGACACACUACAUUAGUUUUUUAAUGUACAAGGUCUAGUUUGCAUCCUAUGAAUGUCUGUACAUAUUCUGUAUAUAAUUUAUGUAGUUAAUGCACAAAUAUAUCCCUGGCCAGAGGAUCUGGGGCGACGGAGGAACUGAAGGAAAUUCACAUUAGGCAGGAAAUGGUAUUGGGUAGAUUGAUAGGACUGAAGGCUGAUAAAUCCCCAGGGCCUGAUGGUCUGCAUCCCAGGGUACUUAAGGAAGUGGCUGUAGAAAUCGUGGAUGCAUUGGUGAUCAUUUUCCAAUGUUCAAUAGAUUCAGGAUCAGUUCCUAGGGAUAGCUAAUGUUAUCCCACUUUUUAAGAAAGGAGGGAGGGGGAGAGAAAACGGGGAAUUCUUGACCAGUUAGCCUGACAUCAGUGGUGGGGAAGAUGCUGGAGUAAAUCAUAAAAGAUGAAAUAGCGGCACAUUUGGAUAGCAGUAACAGGAUUGGUCCGAGUCAGCAUGGAUUUACGAAGGGGAAAUCGUGCUUGACUAAUCUUCUGGAAUUUUUUGAGGAUGUAACUAGGAAAAUGGACAAGGGAGAGCCAGUGGAUGUAGUGUACCUGGACUUUCAGAAAGCAUUUGAUAAGGUCCCACAUAUGAGAUUAUUGGGCAAAAUUAGAGCACAUGGUAUUGGGGGUGGGGUACUGGCGUGGAUAGAAAAUUGGUUGGCAGACAGGAAACAAAGAGUAAGGAUUAACGGGUCCCUUUCAGAAUGGCAGGCAGUGAUUAGUGGGGUGCCGCAAGGCUCGGUGCUGGGACCGCAGCUAUUUGCAAUAUACAUCAAUGAUUUAGUUGAAGGGAUUCAAAGUAACAUUAACACAUUUGCAGAUGACACAAAGCUGGGUGGCAGUGUGAACUGUGAGGAGGAUGCUAUGAGAAUAUAGGGUGACUUGGACAGGUUGGGUAAGUGGGCAGAUGCAUGGCGGAUGCAGUUUAAUGUGGGUAAGUGUGAGGUCAUCCACUUUGGUGCCAAGAACAGGAAGCCAGAUUAUUAUCUAAAUGGUGUAAAGUUGGGAAAAGGGGAAGUACAACGAGAUCUGGGUGUCCUUGUUCAUCAGUCAAUGAAAGUAAGCAUGCAGGUACAGCAGGCAGUGAAGAAAGCUAAUGGCGUUGGCCUUCAUAACAAAAGGAGUUGAGUACAGGAGCAAAGAGGUUCUUCUGGAGUUGUACAGGACCCUAGUGAGACCACACCUGGAGUAUUGUGUGCAGUUUUGGUCUCUAAAUUUGAGGAAGGACAUUCUUGCUAUUGAGGAAGUGCAGCGUGGGUUAACGAGGUUGAUUCCCAGGAUGGCGGGACUGUCAUUUGUUGAAAGAAUGGAGAGACUGGGCUUGUAUACUUUGGAAUUUAGAAAGGGGAUCUCAUUGAAACAUACAAGAUUAUUAAGGGAUUGAAAAUGCUUGAGGCAGGAAACUUGUCCUGAUGUUGGGAGAGUCCAGAACCAGGGGCCACGGUUUAAGAAUAAGGGGUUGGCCAUUUAGAACGGAGUUGAGGAAAAUCUUUUUCACCCAGAGAGUUGUGAAUCUGUGGAAUUCUCUAUCUCAGAAGGCAGUGGAGGCCAAUUCUCUGGCUGCUUUCAAGAGAGAGAUAGAUACUCUUAAAGAUAACGGAGUCAAGGGAUAUGGGGGGAAGGCAGGAACAGGGUACUGAUUGUGGAUGAUCAGCCAUGAUCACAGCGAAUGGCGGUGCUGGCUCGAAGGGCGGAAUGGCCAACUCUGCACCUAUUGUCUAUCAUGUAAAUUAUGUAAAUGACACUAUCACACAGAUGUACAUACAAAGCAGCUCUGUACAUUUUCUUUGUUCCAUUAAAUUAAAUAUAUCUGUACAUUUAAAUUAAAUUCAGAGAAUGAGAAUCUGCAGAGUUGAGCCUGAUUUGACUGUAUCUCUUGAUUUUUGUCCUGCUUGUAUACACUGUAGAUGGCCUGUUUAUAAUCAUGUAUAGUCUCUCCGCUGACUGGUUAGCACACAACAAAAAGAUUAUCACUGUAACUCAGUACAUGUGACAAGAAACAAGACUAAACUAAAUAUCCUUCCUGUAUAUGGGCAACCAGAACUGCACACGAUGCUGCAAGUGUGGUCUCACCAACAACUUGUGCAGCUGCAUCAUGACGUCUCAACCCUUGCACGGAAUGACGUUCCCAAUGAAGGCCAGCAUGCCAAACACCUUCUUCACCAUCCCGCCCACCUGGCUCACCACCUCCAGGAACCGUGCACCUGUACUCCCCAGAUCUCUCUGUUCUACAACACUCUCCAGGGCUCUGCCAUUUACUGUGUAAGCCCUGCCCUGGUCUGAUACAUCAAACUGCAAAACACUUGUCACAGUUAAAUUCCAUUUGCCAUCCCUUGGCCCACCUUCCCGACUGAUUUAGAUCUUGUUGUAAAUUUAGAUGUCCUUCCUCACAGGGGACCCAGCACCGACCCCUGCGCUGCGCCACUCCACUGGUCACAGGCCUCAACCCUCCAGCGGCACUGUGGCGCAGCGGGUGGAGCUGCUGCCUCACAGCCCCACAGAUCCGGGUUUGAUCCUGACCUUGGGUGCUGUCUGGGUGGAGUUUUCCUGUGACCAUGUGGGUUUCCUCUGGGUGCUCCGGUUUCCUCCCACAUCCCAAAGACUUGCAGCAUCGGUGGGUUAAUGGACCCUCUGUGAAUUGCCCCCCUAGUGUGAGUGAUGGGUAGAAUGCGGGGGGGCUUGAUGGGAAGCAUGAAAUGAGUGAGUGUGGAGUGUUCAGCAGC